GCGUGCGCGUUCAGCCUGUAGCCGUUCACAUACACUAAUGGACAAAGCGUCUUCUCAGGUUACUGUAAAUGAGACCACCUGUCUUAACAACGGCAUUUCCAUUUAACGGACUCAAUCACCGGGAGGACCAGAAGCCAUAAUAUGAAGAAACGUUGCAUGGACAUCGGCAAGCUUCGGAAAAUGAAAAAGAUCAAAUUUACAGAAAAGAUUUCCGAAAGUGCAUACUCUUUCCUGAAGUUCAUGGUUGUCUGGAUUCUCGUGCUCUUGGCUGACUUUAUUCUGGAGUUCAGGCUGGAAUACUUGUGGCCUUGCUGGCUUUUUCUUGGAACUGUCUACACCACGUUCCACUGUCAUGGGCUGGCUAUCUGUGUGGUUUUUGUGUGUGCAGCCUUCACCCUGGACGUGUUCUGCUUGAUUUUUGUUCCUCUGCACUGGCUAUUUUUUGCGGCCAGCACAUAUGUGUUACUGAACUACAUAUGGCACACAGAGAAGGGUAUCUGUGUGUCCACUGUGACAUUAUGGAUUCUCCUUGUGUAUACAGAGGCUUCUCUCCGGCUGAGAGACCUCAAAAAUCCAUAUGCCAACCUCUCUCACCUCUUCGCUGCACACUGCAUUGGGUAUCCACUGGUGUACAUGGGAUUUGAUGCAACCUGCUACUUCUCCAGCAUCUUUAAACUUCGCACUCAAAAAGCGGUUCAGAGCGAGAACGAUUUGCACCUGCAUCUCAUUCACCAGCCCCUACCUCCCUACAUGCAGCUCUACUCAAAGCUGGGAGUGGAAGAGUCCAAAUGGAGGACCAAACCGGGGCCCAUGCAAUACCAGUGUCAAAAUGAUGCCAUCGUAUCAGAGGACCAGGAGGACUGCCUCCAGCUUCACAGAUUUCAGGGGAGGAUGGAAAAAGAUGCAGGGGAUGCCAAGACGAGAGACGUGACCCCGCAACCUCCUGGGUCCAAACAGCACGGCAGUGAAGCUCGCUUGGGCUCUCCGCCUGACAUCCCAGAACACCUACCUCAGGAGGAGCAGAGUGGCAGAGUUCAGAAGGCCUCCAAGGGCUCGCAGGCUAAAGUGCAGAGGAACUCUUUGAACUCCAUGGCCAGCAAAGGGGAGAAGAAGCUGAAAAACCCCAAAGCCAUCAUCUCCAGUGGAGAGGCAGGGGAGAAGAGCUCCUCAACCAUCCAGAGUCUUCAGAAUCCUCACACCGAGCAGAUAUCUAAACUAGAGCAAGAGGUGCGGAAAUUGAAGGUGGAACUGCAGACGAGCAGGCAGAACGAGCAGGAACUCCGCAGUCACAUCUGCAACCUCACCAACAGCGAGAGCAGUCUGCGGCCUGAAGUCUCACUGCUGAGACAUGCCAAUGAACUCCUGCAGAGCAAGCUUCAGUAUCUGACAAAAUCCAGGCAAAAGGACAAACAAAGCUGUGCCAUGUUGGAGAAGAAAUCCAGGGCAGAAUCUGAGAGCAGAGUAGCGGUGGAAAAACAACUAGCAGAAGUUCGGUCGCAAAAAUUUGACGAGGCAGCCUUUUUACUCCGCAGUGCAUCGAACAGGCAGGAACACAGUGAAACCCAGCUGUUAAGGAAAAAAGCUAGAGAUCUAGACACAGAAUACAAACAACUACAGCUGGACUAUCAGGGGAAAGAGAAUCGAGUGCUAGCUCUAGAAAAAGAAGUGGAGACCCUCCAGAAGCACAGAUGCACAGAGCAGGAAGCAGAUGCCUUGCUCUCAGCCCUCUCCUCCCUGCAGGACAAAGCGCAGCAUUUGGAGUACAACCUAAGUGCUGAGACCCGUCUCAAACUGGACCUGUUCUCUGCACUGGGCGAUGCACGGCGGCAGCUAGAGAUAGCCCAAGUUAGGCUGAUGAAGCAGGACCAGGAGAUCAGGGAGAUGAAGCAGAGGAUUGCUGAGGUCAUGGCUGUCGCUCCAGGCAUGUCCUAUGUGGCUCCACGCUCAUCUGCGCCCCAGUACCUCAAGUUCCUCAACUCAGAGCGCUACGUCCUAAACCCCCGGGGCCUCAUGUACCAGUGUCUUAAGAAAUAGGCAUGGCAAAGGAUGAAGUGGAGGUCUUCCCCCCAACCCCCAUCUGGAUCUGCUCCAAAACAAAAGGGGGACCCAGUUUGUCUUGAUUGUUGGUCAGGCAGUUUGCAUGGGCUUCCCUGACAAUGCCAGCAGCCUUCAGUUGAGACAGUAAGGAGAUCGCUUGUUUAGAUGAGCUUUCUUUAUGCGAGCCAGUGGUUUUUGAGAACUCAAUGCUGAUUGUACAUCUGAUUUGUGGUGCUACAGAAGUACAAAAGAAUGCAACACUGGCAGAUUUUGUUUUUAAAGGUACUUUGAAACUUGCUAUUUACAUGACGAGCUGCCAUUCAGAAAAGUUUUGACUCCUCACUUUGCGAAGACCACCAAGAUGACAUGCUAGGGUAAGGGUGAAGAGGCAUUGACUAUUUUCAUGAAAACAGCAGGCCCAAUGGCUCAUGAAGUAAUGUGCCUCAAUAAUAUUUAAACAACUUCAAUUUAUAUAAAAAGCCAAUACCUAAUGUCAGUUAUGUGAAUAUAAGUGCUUUGUACUGUUUUGUAUUCCUUUUUACAUUAUACACAUUGUAAAGGAAUUGACUCCAAAAAUGUUUGUAGGUUUUCAUGUCUUUGGACCUGUUGCCUUUUUAUGUGUCAAUGGGGUGUUUUUUAUGAGAUAUUUAUUUUUCUGGCUUGAUGUACUUUUCCCUAAAACUUAAUGAUAUUGAAUUAACCAUGUGUUGGUCUGCAUGCUGACUAAUGUAUAUGAUUGUUUUGAAUAAUAAAAGAAAUAAUGAUCAUUUUUGAUGUUUAAUUGUGCAUUUGU